AUGGCGUCGACUGAUAAAACUGUUGACGACUCCCUAUAUCCAAUUGCGGUUCUUAUUGACGAACUAAAGAACGAAGAUGUACAGCUUCGUUUAAAUUCUAUUAAAAAGCUGUCAACAAUAGCACUCGCCCUCGGCGAAGAACGUACCCGAUCUGAAUUGAUUCCCUUUUUGACGGAAACCAUUUACGAUGAAGAUGAAGUUCUUUUGGCAUUGGCUGACCAACUUGGCAAUUUUACUAGUUUGGUUGGAGGACCCGAGUAUGCCAUGUACUUGAUUCCACCAUUGGAGAGUUUAGCUACCGUCGAAGAGACUGUGGUCCGUGACAAAGCUGUCGAAUCGUUACGUAUUGUGGCUGCUGAGCAUAGUGCUCAAGAUCUGGAAAUUCAUGUUGUGCCUACUUUGCAACGUUUAGUUUCCGGAGAUUGGUUCACCUCACGCACUUCUGCUUGUGGUCUGUUCUCCGUUUGCUAUCCUCGUGUUUCCCAGCCCGUGAAGGCAGAGCUACGUGCUAAUUUCAGGAAAUUGUGCCAGGAUGAAACACCAAUGGUUCGCCGUGCCGCUGCAAGUAAAUUGGGAGAAUUUGCCAAGGUGGUUGAACUCGAAUACUUGAAAUCCGACCUCAUUCCAAAUUUCGUUCAAUUGGCUCAAGAUGACCAGGAUUCCGUUCGCCUAUUGGCCGCUGAAGCUUGCGUAAGUAUUGCAGAGAUGUUGCCUCAAGAAGAUGUCGAACAUUUAGUAUUGCCUACACUGCGCCAAUGUGCCAGCGAUUCUUCUUGGCGUGUGCGUUACAUGGUGGCCGAGAAAUUUGUUGACUUACAAAAGGCCGUAGGACCGGAAAUAACUAGAGUUGAUUUGGUGCCUGCAUUCCAAUAUUUGUUGAAGGAUGCCGAGGCCGAAGUACGUGCUGCUGUUGCAACAAAAGUCAAAGAUUUCUGCGCUAAUCUUGACAAGGCCAAUCAGGUGCAAAUCAUUAUGACCUCGAUUUUGCCCUAUGUUCGCGAUUUAGUGUCCGACCCCAAUCCUCAUGUCAAAUCGGCUUUGGCUUCCGUUAUCAUGGGUUUGAGUCCAAUGCUUGGAUCUUACAACACUGUUGAGCAUCUUUUGCCAUUAUUCCUCAUCCAGCUCAAAGAUGAAUGCCCUGAAGUGCGUUUGAAUAUUAUUUCCAACUUGGAUUGUGUCAAUGAUGUCAUUGGAAUUCAACAACUAUCGCAAUCAUUGUUGCCAGCCAUUGUGGAACUAGCCGAAGACUCCAAAUGGCGUGUACGUUUGGCAAUUAUUGAAUAUAUGCCUGCUCUGGCCGGCCAAUUGGGACAGGAAUUCUUUGACCAGAAGCUACGUGGACUUUGCAUGGGCUGGUUGAACGAUCAUGUCUACGCCAUAAGGGAAGCGGCUACCAUUAACAUGAAAAAGUUGGUCGAACAAUUCGGUGCUCAAUGGGCUGAACAAGCUAUAAUUCCCAUGAUUUUGGCCAUGUCACGCAACAAGAACUAUUUGCAGAGAAUGACUUGUUUAUUCUGCAUUAAUAUGUUGGCUGAAGUCUGUGGCACAGACAUUACCACCAAACUCUUGCUGCCAACUGUUCUCCUCUUGGCCUCUGAUCCAGUCUCCAACGUUCGUUUCAAUGUCGCAAAGACCCUACAGAAAAUUUCACCUUUCCUUGAUAGCAGCGCUAUCGAUUCGCAAGUCAAGCCGACAUUGGAGAAAUUAAAUUCUGAUACUGAUGUUGACGUCAAAUAUUUCACUUCGGAAGCUAUCGCAGCCAUUGCUGCAGCCUAA